AUGCCCACUCGUCGAAAGAGGACGUCCAGUGACGCGGAUGCAAGUCAAGUGGACGCAGAACAGUCAAGGCAUAUCCGUAACCAGAUGUUCAGCUUGCGAACCAAAUUGAACAAAGUGGAUGAGCGGAGACAAAGGGAUCGUGAUCUGCUCAUGGAAGCAGCGCGUCGUAAUGUCGAUGCCACUAUUCACGAUAUGGAAAUGAAAGUAUAUGCCGACACCGGUCGGGCACCGCCUUCCAUCCAGAAGGAAUGGGACGAGGCAGCCCGAGAGCGGGCUCGCGAGGAAGCUGAGAGCACAGAAGCGGAGGGCGCUCAAGCCAACCGGGUUCACAUUGGCUCAUCAAGGUACAUCGAAAUGGCUGAUGUUGAAGCCGUGGCACGGUCUCGUGUUCAGCCCGCGCUUGACGACAUCACUGACCAAGCCGAGCGACGGAGGGCCGAGGAGUUGGAGGCUCGCCUUGAUGCAGAGGAAGAGGAGAGGCGUGCGGCCAUCGAGAGAGAGCGUGAGUCCAGCUUGAAUAGAGCGGAGAAACGAGAAGGUGUAUCGGAGAAGCGCGGGAGCAAACGACUGAAGCUCUUCAUGUGGAAGCGGAAGAGCAAGCAAAUGCAGGAGGAGAAACCUGAUUUGCAAGAAGAGGCAGUCACUCCGGGGGUCACUACAGAAGAGCCCGCCGAGGAAGCUCCAGCAGCCCAGGAAGUCGUUGAUGCUUCUGAGGCUGAAGAGGUUGCUCCUGCUGCUCCCGAGGCUGCACAAGCUGCUGCUCCUCUCUUAGAGGCUGACGCCACCGAAGGGAUUGCUCCUGCUGCCCCCGAGGCUCCACAAGCUGCUGCUCCUGCCUUAGAGACUGGCGCCGGCGCCGAAGCCGCGUCUGUCUCGAAAGAGGCGAUCCGGCAGGAUGAUAGUGUGCCGGAGACAGCUGGUGCAACGACCAUCAUGGCGGCUGCUCCCAUUACAGCCCCGGUGCAGCCUGUCCAUGAAGAGGUUGACGAUCUCUCCGAUAUUGCGAGACCGCACACCGCACCACGCGAUGCAGCUGCGACCGGUGGGGUGUCCGCCAUGCACAUCGUCCAACCCAUUACCAGCCCACGCGCAGACUCAAAGCUCAAGACCUGGUUCCGCGAUCGUCUUGUUCGUCGCACAAGCGGACCACAGCCCAUCUACCCCCACCAGCCCGGCCCAGAAUUCAACACCGACAGCGAAGUUGGAUUUACCGGAGGAGCUGCUUUGACAGGGAGAACCGAGCCUCGCACGGCAGCGCUGAGCUCCCAUCCUGUUAGUAAUGAAGAUCUCGAGUCCAACCACAGCGGCGACUGGGAUAUGACCAAUUCUCCCACUGAGGAGUCCGGCGCCCAUCCAGAGGCUUCUCAAAAUGGCAACGGGAAUGCCAGUAGCAAGAGGCAGCGGCUUCGCAAGAGCUUCAUGAAGUCCGUCUCACGCAAUACCCAGGAGCGCAAGUCAAACGAGAUUUCUCAUAAGCGUCAAAACUCCGGGGCUCUUUCCGAGGGCGGUGGUUAUGUCCGGGGCCUACGGGACAGCGCCACUGAACAAGGCCUGCCCGUUCCUCCAAUCCUUAGUGAGACCGUAAGUACGGGCCGGGAAUCGAAGUUUUCCGAGGAUCUGUGA